GAGUGUAGAACACCCGCGCCCGCAUGUCGUCCUACAGCCACAGAUUAUCGAGGUGAAACUAAUUCAAAGCGGCUCACAAGAAUCGAGCUGCCCCGCAUCGUGCCUCUCCCCUCCAUCAGAAAAAUGCUUGGGAAAUAAUAAUGUUGGAUCAUACAGUAAUUCUCUUUUGUUGUAUAACUGUAGGCCUAAAUAGCUUGUAACUCAGUGGUACACUCCACAUUUAUUGACACGAUGUUAGUUUGACUAAGACUGUCUUUCACUAGUAAUUUGACGGAUUUGCAGUGUUGCACCGUUAAUCUCUUGAAAUUUCCUUAGGCCCAUUGAUUUCUACACUUCAAAUUACAUACAGUAUGUGUAUGUGUAGCCACCAGUGCAUAACUGAUAACGUAGUAGGGUUUUGUAAAACUGGUCUUUUUCGACCAUUAAUGGUGAAACUGAUAACUAAAUAUCCCCACUACCAAUUUUAAUUUUUGGUUGUGUGCUUCUUAUUUUGCUUAAAAACCCACUAAACUUUUCCUGCCCCCACCCCAAUUUCUCUCUCUCUCUCUCUCUCUGUUCUUCUUAUCUUACUCUCAGUGACUCAGUCGGUGUUGGUACGUGAACGAGGUUUGCUUUUCAGUGACAGUUGGAGAUUUAGAAAGGAAUCAGCUUUUCUGUGAGGUGGCAAUCAAAUUUCUUCAAGUAACAGAAUAAACCGAGAAUGAAAGUGCUCUGUGCAUUGUUAGCCCUCCUGGUUGUGGCCGAGGGGGUUUCAUUUUUUGAAGUUGUACUGGAGGAAUGGGACUUAUUCAAGUUGCAACAUAACAAGUCAUAUUCAAGUGAUACAGAGGAAAGGUUCCGUAUGAAGAUUUUUAUGGACAAUAAGAACAAAAUUGCAAAACACAAUUCCCGAUUCGAAAAGGGCGAAGUUUCGUUCAAACUGGCUAUGAAUCACUAUGGAGAUAUGUUCCACCAUGAAUUUGUGUCAACAUUGAAUGGGUUCAGAAGAUCCAAGAGAGUAACGAAUGACAUGUUUGAUGGUGUGACACCAUCUUUCUUUAUAGAGCCGGCCAACAUGGAGCUAGCAAAGUCUGUGGACUGGCGCAAAGCGGGAGCUGUCACACCUGUCAAGGAUCAAGGACACUGCGGGUCCUGCUGGUCCUUCAGCGCGACCGGAUCUCUAGAAGGACAACAUUUCCGUAAAACCGGAAAACUGGUUUCUUUGAGUGAGCAGAACUUGGUUGAUUGCUCUAGAAAGUACGGUAAUGAAGGCUGCAAUGGUGGACUCAUGGACAACGCCUUCAAGUAUAUUAAAAACAACCAUGGUAUCGACACGGAACAGUCUUACCCGUAUGAGGCUGAGGAUAAACAAUGCCGCUACAGCCCUUCUGACGCAGGAGCUUCAGACAGUGGGUUUGUAGACCUGCCGGAGGGUAACGAGAAGAAAUUAAUGUCAGCAGUGGCCAUAAUCGGACCAGUCAGUGUUGCCAUCGACGCUAGUCACGAGUCAUUCCAGUUUUACAGCCAAGGUGUGUACUACGAAUCUGACUGCAGCUCUACGGAGUUGGACCAUGGCGUGUUGGUGGUCGGAUAUGGCACAGAAGGACAAAAUGACUACUGGCUGGUGAAGAACUCGUGGGGAUUAACUUGGGGAGACCAGGGUUAUAUCAAGAUGGCUAGGAAUAAGGACAACAACUGUGGCAUAGCUUCUGCUGCAAGCUACCCUCUUGUAUAACCUACAACACAGACUGAUACAGACAGGACCAACUAUUCUGUAAUUCAGGAGGCUGUGAACUUCUAAUUCGCAAACAUAUAAAUGUAUGGCAACAUCUGUAUCUAACUUUUCACUGCGUUAAAAUGUUUAAAUACUAUGUCAAAUUCCUUCGUCCAAUUUGAACUGAUGGCACUAGUGCUUCCAGUUGAGACCAAAUAAAUAAAAUCCUCUAGUUCUUAAAUGUAAAAUCAAUGAAUUGUUUAGAAAUAAAGGUUUAGUUUUAUUUUUUUUGUUACGUAUAAGUUUUUACUUUGUGUACUGAUGUGUAGAAAUGAUAAAAAUAUUUGAAGUAAUUUGAAUUCUCAUUAACCAAUAUAUUAUUGUGUGUCAAAAUAUUUGCUUAGUACUCAUAACAUUCACAUUAAUCUUGUAUAUAUUGUAAUUGUAACAAUAAAUAAUGUCAUUGUUCGGUUAAUAAUUUUCUAACGACUUAAAGAUGAGUGGCGUUUCCACGUUUAUUUUUUAUACUAUCACGUAGGUAUCCCAAGAAAAAGUUUUGUUGGUGUAUGUUGCUUUUUAUAUAACAAAUAAAUACUACGUGGAAUAUUGGAGUAAAGCUUCUACUAAUCUUAAAGUACACUACCUUACACCAUUACAAUAUUAUAUCAGUCUGUUAUAUGUAAUUGAUCUCUCCUAGACAAGUAUCUGUUAGUGUCAAGACUAGUGAUUGCUCACGUAGUUAGUAGGUAUACUUCUGUACAUUCUCAGUAAGUGUUACAUAUCCUGUACUUAAAUAAACAUCGUGUUCAUAGGUGCACUUAUGUCACCAUAUUUGGUAUUUUAAAAAUACUCGUAAAUAUGUUACUGUAAGUUGAUUUUAUAUUUUACCAAUAAAAGUGUGUGAUAACA